GCGGCGCGGCCCGGGCCCUCACCCGCGGGCUCGGGCGCCGGGCUGCGGGCGGCCUGAGACGUACCCUUCAGAACUGCAGCUGGGAAACAUGGCUGAAAUCCAGGAGUACUCUGCCUGACACUCCAACUGCAAUAAAAAGCAGCAUGCUCGCUGUGAAGAGACUUCUCAGCACUUCACACUCAUCAGUGGAUUCCACAGAAAUGAGGAAGUUCCAGCUCCUUGCACAUAAAUGGUGGGAUGAAGAAGGAGAAUUUUCAGCCCUUCAUUCUAUGAAUGAUAUUAGAGUGCCAUUUAUUAGAGAUACUCUGUUGAGCAUGAGUAGUAAUUAUCAUCUGGGAAGCCCACUUUCUGGAGUGAAGAUUCUUGACGUUGGCUGUGGUGGCGGAUUGCUGAGUGAGCCUUUAGGUAGGCUGGGAGCUUCAGUUACUGGAAUUGAUCCUCUGGAGGACAACAUCAGAACAGCAGAUCAGCACAAGUCAUUUGAUCCAGUCCUGGCCGAGAGAAUACAGUACAAGUCCAGUUCACUGGAGGAGAUUGUGGAAGAGUCGAUGGAAACCUUUGAUGUAAUUGUAGCUUCUGAAGUAGUGGAGCAUGUGGCUGACCUUGAAACCUUUAUCAAGUGUUGCUCUCAGGUGUUAAAGCCUGAAGGUUCUUUAUUCAUUACUACAAUCAACAAAACACAGUUGUCCUAUGUGCUGGGAAUUGUGGUUGCAGAAAAACUCUUGGGCAUUGUACCAGAAGGAACACAUGAGUGGGAGAAGUUUGUUCCCCCUGAAGAGCUGGAGCACCUCCUGGAAUCAAAUGGCUUUUCGGUCAAGGCUGUGAAUGGGAUGUUGUACAAUCCCCUGUGGGGGUCGUGGAGCUGGACAGAAAGCACGAGUGUGAACUACGCAGUGCACGCCGUGAGACGCGGGGCGCAGGGCGAGCCGGGCCAGGGGCAGCCCUCAGCCCACACUGCCCCGUGACACAGGCCAUCAGAAGAGGAGGUUUUACCCAGAUGGACAUCAUAAAACCUUUUUCAGCAAGGAGUUUGCUGUUUGCAUUGCUGGUGUUGGUUUUGGCCAAGUAGGUUAGGACUGUCUCAGAACAAAGCCAAAGGCCCCUUAUCUCAGGAAAGGAGCAAAGUCUUUUGAUAAGAAAAUAGUUUCCAGUUGCUGGACAGGGAAAUGCAGAUAACUCAUGUCAUUAGCUUGGAGGAAGCUCUUCUAUGUGUUGGCAUUUUCAGUCCUACCAGGAAAACUCAGCUCUCCAUAGGAUAAUAGCUUAAAUGUAGACCAAUUUAAAACCAUAAUGACAGAUGAGAAAUGUCUUCAGUGAGUUAAAGAUACAUGGAACACUUCAAACCUCUUGUUUCUAUAUUAUGCUUUCUCCCUCAGAGGAGUUAAAACAAGGAGCAGCAAACCUCCUGUGUGGGGUGAUGCUGUUUGUGCUGAUGUGAGCUAAGUGUGCAGUGGAAGAAGAGUCUCCUAGACCAGUCAGAAGCCUCUUCACCGUAAAGGUACUUGUAGCUCUGCCUGUUGUUUCAACUUUCUCCCUCUGCCCAAAGAAUGCCCAGAAAAACAAUACAUUAUCAGUCUGCCCUAGAACUGAGGUGCCAUACCUACUCAGUCUUAAAGUCCUAGGACAAGGACAAAGGUGUUGAUUGGCAAUGAAAUAGGACUUUCUAAAUAAAAUGUCACACCUGUG